AUGAAUACAGAUCAGUCUCUCGCUACAGUGCUCCCUAAGCAGCCCGGAAAGACCACAAAACGACUUCAUUUGGACGGGGAUAGUGCACUGCCCUCGGUAGACAUUAUGUUGCCGUGCUGUGGGGAGCCACUGGAUAUUAUUCUCGACACCAUUCGCGCCGUUUGCGUCAUGGACUACCCCCAAUCCGCGUUUCGAGUUCUUGUUUUGGACGAUGGAAAUUCUAUUGAGCUGCGGCAAGCAGUAGAAGAGCUGCAUAAUACCUGGCCGAAUCUACUCUACGAUAGCCGAGGAACCAAGCCGAGCCAAAAGGUCUAUUCCAAGGCAGGAAAUCUAAACUACGCCAUAUUUGAAGUUCAGGGGAAAAUGAGCAAUCCGCCCGACUUUAUUGCCGGUUUCGAUUCUGAUUUCCUUCCUACCCCAAACUUCCUACGAGCCACGCUUCCACAUCUGUUGGAAGAUCAGAAUGUGGGACUAGUCGGUCCAUUUCAAGAUUUUUAUAACUUACCCCCUGGAGAUCCGCUUGCCCAAAGUUUAGAGGUAUACCGGGAGCUUGUGUUGCCCAACCUGAACGAACGUGGCUCGAGUUUAGCGACAGGCUCUGGAUAUGUUAUGCGUCGUCAGCUGGCGAUCGAUGUGGGAGGAUUUCCGACGAUAAAUGAAGUCGAUGACAUGACUCUGUCGGUGAUACUUACAUCAUAUGGGAAGCGCGUGGUGGCCCUUUAUGAAAUGCUUCAGUUUGGGCGCGUGCCGGCAUCUUUGGAAGGCCACGUCAGGCAGAGACGAAGAUGGAUAACUGGUGGGACACAGAUGCUUGCCACACCCUGGACAGCGCCCAAGGAUUCUAUUCCGCAUGCGUCUAGAAUACACCUGUCGCUCAUUGGCGCUAUGAUGAUUUGGUCACUCCUAAACCAGAGCGUCGGAUGUGCCAUCAUCGGCCCUGCUUUGAUGUCGGGGCAACCGCUUCUCCCGGGUAUUAUGCCGAAGCUCCAAAUUGUGCUGUCUCUGAUCACGUUUGGGUUCGUUUGGCUCUACGAAUGGCUCAAGUCUGCAGUAACGGGUUUUCGACUUGCCACCUUCGCCCAUAUGAAUGACCUAUGGAUGUGUACUGACCGACUACUCACUUCCAUCCGAUUCCACCUUUUCGGAUCCCAAGCUGGUAGGGUUUUAGUGACUGGCAGCGCCCAGAACAGUUGGAACAAUCCCAACAAGAUCCCCACCCGAGCUUCACAGCUUAAAGGCGAUCUUUGGGAUUCUGGAGUCGGCUAUAACGUGCUGUUUAUAAUCGCCGCCCUCACCGGAAUGACAUAUUCAGCCAUGUACUCCAUCGAGAGCAAGUCCGGCUGGCAAUCUCAUGCCAUGACUACCUUGCUGUGCCCUCCUGCUUUUUUUAUGUGUUACAUCACACUGUCCUGCCAUAUUAUCCCCGUUUUGUGCGUGAUAUGGCCACCUCAUUAUCCCUCUCGUGAGGCUGUCUUCGAAACUCAUCCAAGUGAUCCCCGUGCCGUAUUUCCUUCCGAGAGAGUCCGACAACACAACGUACGUCAAAAGGUUAAGCCUCUCGGAAUUCGUGGUCAUUCGUUGCUUUUCCCAGUUUAUCUGACUCUCAUGGCUACGUUUUACUUUUUGUAUCUUUGA